AUUUUUAACAACCUUACAAAUAAAUUCAGAAAGCAAAAAUACAAAUUAACAAAAUUUUUAAUUAGCCUAAUAAUUUCGACAAAAGACACACUAUUACGUAGCAAAUGAUUCGUUGGAUCUAAUUCCCUCGAAAAUUUCUGGACACUUCGAAUUCGAAUUCGAAAAGAAGUAAAAGACUAAUCCAAAGGAGUGAGAGUAGAUUGGUUUACAAUUACAAGCGAAGCGAUUAAUAUGGAUUCUGUGAAAUUGGCAGAAUUGGAGCAAUUCAUCACUCGCUGUAAAUCAAACCCUUCAUUACUCCAUAACCCUUCUCUCGCUUUCUUCAAAUCCUAUCUUCAGAGCUUGGGUGCUCAAAUUCCUUCUGACCCUGAUACGGAUAAAUUUCGAAACAGUGCAGAGGACACUAAGGAGAAAACUGAUACCAAAAAGCAUGAAUCAUUCGGUGAAGACGAUGACAUUGUUGAGUCUGAUGUUGAAUUGGAUGAUUCUGAUGUUGUGGAGCCCGAUAAUGAGCCCCCGCAAAAGAUGGGAGAUCUAACUGUUGAGGUUACGGAAGAGAUGCAAGAUGCGGCACAAGAUGCAAAAGCAAAGGCUAUGAAUGCUAUUUCUGAAGGCAAGUUGGAUGAAGCCAUUGAUCACAUAACACAAGCAAUAACAUUGAAUCCAAAAUCUGCAAUAUUUUAUGCAACUAGAGCAAGUAUCUUUGUCAAACUAAAGAAACCGAACGCAGCUAUUCGGGAUGCUAAUGCAGCUUUAGAGAUCAACCCAGACUCUGCUAAAGGAUAUAAAAUAAGAGGUAUGGCAAGGGCAUUGUUGGGUCAUUGGGAAGAAGCUGCUAGAGAUUUGCAUGUAGCAUCCAAUAUUGAUUUCGAUGAGGAGAUUGAUUUUGCACUUAAAAAGAUCGAGCCUAAUGCUCAGAAAAUUGAAGAGCAUAGGAGAAAAUACGAACGUUUGAGGAAAGCAAAGGAGGCGAGAAAAGCCGAGCGUGAGAAGCAGAGACAAUUUGAAGCCCAAGCUCAAGAAGCGUUGUCUGCUCUCAAGGACGGGGAAGUUAUCGGUAUACAUUCCAUAAGUGAAAUGGAGACAAAGUUAAAUUCUGCUUCGAAAACAUCUCGUCUCGCAAUCCUCUAUUUCACAGCAACAUGGUGUGGACCGUGUCGUUUCAUAUCUCCUUUGUAUGUCAACUUAGCUAGUAAGUACCCGAAAGUAGUUUUCUUGAAAGUUGACAUAGACGAGGCAAGAGACGUGGCUGGACGAUGGAACAUAAGUAGUGUUCCGACCUUUUUCUUCAUAAGAAAUGGUAAAGAGAUAGACAAGGUGGUUGGUGCAGACAAAAAUGCACUCGAAAGCAAGAUUGCACAACACGCAGGCUAAUCGUCGUUUUUUCUUCUUCUCUUGACCCUUAAUUCUGAGCUUCUUUCAUUGUACAUGUGAGGAAGUUGGGUCCAAAAAUUUAUAUGCAUAUACAUGUACAUGUUUAAAGUUAGAAAUGUUUUGUUUUUGGUUUGAGUUGAGUUUAUUGAUAAAGUGUUAUAUGGUUGAUACAUUAUGCCAUUUUAUUUUAUAACACUUAAAAUAAAUAGAUUUUUAACA